AUGCAGGAAGGGCAGCGGCACUGGCCUCUGGAACCCCCAGCAGGGCAAGGGCGACGCUGGAGACCUUUUCGAAGACAUGAGUUUAAGGUAGUGCCAAAGAUCGUCUUUACCAAGCAGAUUGUCAGCCUCCUGCAGACGAAGCAACUGGGUCGCACAUUGAGACAGGAGGAAACCCAGGCGGUGCUUGCAGAGGUAGAAGGACUCCCGAUACUGGUUUCAACGGACGACUACGUCCAUGUCUUCAAAGCCUUCUCGAAACUGAACCUUUGGAGCCAGGUGGUGCAACUGUGGCAAACGAUGAGGCAAGAAGGACUACCCUCCAACAGCAGAGCAUCUGGACAUCUCGCAGAGUCCUUCAUCCGAGGGGGCAAAUGGGCUGCGUCUUUGGUCAUUCUAGACAGCAUGCACGUACAGCGGCUGGGCCUUGGCUUUGCUGCACAAGGCGCUGCUCUGGCAGUUUACCGAUCUCGCCACCUGUGGCAAGCAGCCUUGAACCAGUUCAUGCAGGAUGGCAGCUUCACGAUGCUGACGAUCAAGAGAAUGUUCAUGGCCCUUGCCGACGCGAAUCAAAUAGACUUGCUGAAGCAGCUGCUCAAGCUGCUGAGUCGGAACGAGAGGACUGCUCACAAUGCUCAGCGAGUUGCCGCGAAUGCGUUUGCCGAAGCUGGUCUUUGGCAGGAUGCUUCAGCACUCAUGGAGGAAACGCGCGCACAACGAAUGGCAGCUGGUCAGCAGCUCUUGGAGAAGGUCAUGGGCGCCAAGCUUCGCGCCGCGCGCUGGCGCGAGGCAUGCUUCCUGGUCUCCCAGCUACCAGAGGAUGCUGGCUUUAGCGUCGUACUCCUCUCCAACGCUGUUGGGGCUUGCAGCCAAGCAGCCAGGCUGGGAGAAGCUCUACGCCUUUUGCAGCUCAUGCGAAUGCGAGGAUACUGGCCGACGGUGCGCACUUUCAACUUGGUGCUGCUUGCCUGUGCCAGGGCUGGCAGCUUGCAGCAAGCGCUGGAGGUUUUGGCAGAGAUGAGGUUUGCCAUGCGUGACCCGGACAUCAUUUCCUACAGCACAUGCAUCUCGGCCGCCGAGAAGGAGCGGGACUGGGCCAGCUCCCUUGUGCUACUGGAGAGAAUUCAAACUGCUGGGCUGAGGGCAGAUGCGAUUGCCAUUAGCACGACUAUGAAGAUCUGUGAGAAGGGCCUGGAGUGGGAGCACCCCCUGCAGCUCCUGAUGCAAAUGUACCGCUCGACCCUGCAGCCAGACACUGUGACAACCAGCUCGGUGCUGCGAACCUUCCAGGAGGGGAUGCGAUGGAAGGACAACUGUCAACUACUGCACGAAAUUCUGCAGCGGCCAUUUCCUGACGACAUUAAAGCUCACAACUCUGCAGCAUCUGCUCUGGAGAAGGUGAGCAAAUGGCAAAGAGCGCUUGGAGCUGUCGAGUACUGCGGCAACCGUGGGCUACAAGCAGACUUGGCCUCCUUCGGAGUUAUGCUGGGUGCCUGUGCAGAGGGAGGAAACUUCCUCCUCGCCGUGGACGGCCUUCAAGCCCUCGUCCGCAGAGGCUUCAGGAUUUCACCGCAGUUCCUGGGCAUGGCCUUGGAGGCUGGCCGUGAGGAUCACUCGACGGCAUCAGCAGUCGCUGCGUUGCUGGGCCAACUGAAGGAGAGCAUUGCGGCUUGGCUCCAUCGACCCUCUCGGCAUUCCGAGGAGGCGAUGCUUGGCGUUCGUGAGUCUUCUACAGCUGUUGAGGUGCUGCAACAGUACGGGGCCCUGGAAAGCGACACGUACCAGGCGUUUCGGAAACGAGCCUGCAGGCCAGUGCUCGCCGCACUACAUCCCAGAAAGUGGCGUGCCUUUGCAAAGCCCAAGGCGCUCUCGUCCUUGGCAGAGUUGGCUGCCAUAGGCAGCCUCGGGAUGCCCUUCACCUUAGACGCCUUGGAUGCAGUCAAGGCCCUGGGCGGAAUGCGCUGGUCGCCGACUGGGCGUGGCGGCACCCGACGCCUUCUCGCCGCGCGGGCUCUGUCCGAAAGGCCGGGCGCCUCUUCAGCCACAGUAACUGCUUGGUCGAGCUACGUCAUCCAGAUUGCAGCCGGACGUCCGCUCAUGAACAAGGAACAGAGGCCCAUGGAUCACUCCAAGCUGGAAGGCGGCACAGCAUCUCCAAG